AGAAGCGGACCUGAUUAUUGUGAUGGUGGCAGGCGGCAGGCAGUGACUAGAGACUUCCGCCACUGCUUCCCAUAUCCGCGUUUUGCGCCGUCUGUCCUACUAUCUAGUUGCUUCACAAUCCGACUACCGAAGGCGCUUGUUCGCUUUCCCCCCAACUCAACAACAUCUUACCCGGGAUUUCUUUCAAACCAAAACCAGAUGAGAUGCAAGUUCACUGGGAAACUCUGGAGCCCGUUCGGUUUAGGCAGCAAAACUUUUUCUCAGAGGACGGCACGGUGAACCAGAGAGUGGACUGUUGCUGCUGCCGCCGCUGCUCCUCUGCGGGACGGUUUGUGCGCAUAUGAGCGCUGGGUGCCCGCUCGCACCGUCGCUAUACUGCUGUGUGUUUUUGCUCUUAUCAGCGUGGCAGCGGCGUUAUUGUUGAAUUCAGUUUGGGGGCUUUGUGUUGUGUUUAGCACUUGGAAAGAGAAGAAGAGACGCUCAGCCGCAUGACCGAGAGCCUCGCAGCCCUUUAAACCUUCCACUCCCGGUUGUUGCCCUCUUCUUCAGCGGCCGUACCUUCCGCCCGCUGCCCGGCUACUCGGGACCUUUCGCCGGCGGAGGACGCGCAGAGAAAGCGGACUCUAGGUGGUGGAGGUGGAGGUGGAAGGAGGAGGAGGAGGUGGCGGCGGUGGCGCUGAGCUUAACUGGAAGAAAAGUUCUUCCAAAAUAGCCGCCGCUCGGCCCCGUGAUGGGGGACUUCGCCUCCCCCGCUGCCGGACCCAACGGCAGUAUCUGCAUCAACAACAGCAUGAACCCGGCCGCCGCGAGCAUGGGGCCCGCCGCGAGCGUGGUGGGAAUACCUAAGCACAGCACGGUGGUGGAGAGGCUGAGGCAGCGGAUAGAAGGCUGCAGGAAACACCACAUAACCUGCGAGACCAGGUAUCAGCAAGCCCACGCCGAGCAGAUGGAGAUAGACCGCAGGGACACGGUCAACCUGUACCAGCGGAGUCUGGAGCAAAGGGCCAAAAAGUCCGCCAGCGGCAGCAGCACCAAGCAGCCCCAGAGCAAGCAGCUGGACCCGGACUCUGCGACCUCCGCGGAGCAGAGGAAUAACACGCUCAUAGCGCUCCAGGAGACUGUAAAGAGAAAACUGGACAGCGCACGAUCGCCCCUCAACGGAGACCAGAAUGGGAUCUGUGAUGGAGGCAACUACUCGCCGACCACCAAACGGGUACGGAAAGAAGGCUCCAGCGGCAUGGACUCACUAACAGGACUCCCUAAUAACAAUAACAACAACAAUGUGCCGCCCAUCUCUCCACUGCAUCACCAAAUGGACAUUAAGCCCAUACACUGUGGGCCUAACACUUCUGCCGGAAACAACACUACAAACAGCAACGGGAACCAUGUAGGCCGGACAUCGGAUGAGCUGGGGAAGAACGGUGGCAGCCACCUCCCAGACAUGAAGCUAAAUGGCUCACUGGACUUGGAGGACAGCUUUGGCCUCCUCAAGGACUUGAAACAGGAGCCCCUGGACGACGGGGCUGGAAUGGAGUCGUCUGAUCCCCAAUCUCUGUCCAAUCAGAACAAGCUGUUCUCUGACAUUAACCUCAAUGACCAGGAGUGGCAGGAGCUGAUCGAUGAGCUGGCCAAUACUGUGCCAGAGGACGAUAUGCACGACCUCUUCAACGAGGACUUUGACGAAAAGAAAGAGGCUGAGUUUGGCAGGCCAGCAAACAAUCAGACGCCGGGCCCACAGGAAGCAGCCGGGAAUACGACAACAGCGGGAGGGGGGGCAGCGCCAGCAGCACUGCCUCCUCCUCCACCUCAGCCUCCACAGGGAGGCCCACAGGUUCCCAUGGGUUCACCACAGGUGCGACCAUCUUCAUCAGGCCCUCAGUUUGCCACCACUGCCAAUGGGACGCCUCCUCAGCAACCUUUGCAGCAGUCUCCAGCCGUUGCUAUGGCAUCAGGUUCGCCAUUGCACAACUGCGUGGCUCGCUCCCCUCAGACUCCAACCCAAGCUCAGACACAAGCAGUCUCUAGGCCUGGGAAUGGAUACAUGAUGAACCCCGGGCCAGGAGUCAGUCAGGCGGGCACCGGACCUGGAGCAGCUGGGAUACCGCCUGGAAGUCAGCCUGUAGGACCAGUAACGCCUGAGCUUUCCCAUGCAGAGCAGCUGAAAGCAUUUGCUCAGCAGCGUAAUAAAAUGAUGCAGAAGCAGCAGCAGCAGCAAGCAGCUAACUGGUCACCUGCAGCCGCUCCAACCAGUCCCUAUAACUCCGCUCACUUUAACCACGACAAACCCAACAGCCCCAUGAUGUAUCCACCGCAAGCCUUUAAUACACCACAGGGCCCUCUAGUGGGUGGCAUGGCCCCCAACAAUGGUCCCAAAGCCCCCAUGAACAACUACCUCCCUCACAACCACAUGGGCAUGAUGGGCCAGCAGCAGCCAAACAGCAUAAACCAGAACGCCCUGUCCAAACAGCAGCAACAGCAGCAGCAAACAGCAGGCAUGUUGUCCUACAGCAACACCAAACCGCUGAGUCACUUCAGUGGUAGCGGGGUGGAUCACAUAGGUCAGAGAAUGACCCCACCCAUGCCAGGGAACAGUCAGGUCAAGAACCCCAUGAUGCCACCUUACAUGGGUGGUGCGGGAGGUGGUGGCCAGGGUCCGGGGCCAGGGCAGACGCAAGGGCCAAUCCCAGGACAGACGGCUCACCUGAGUGACGAGCAGAAGAGGAUGUUACUGAUGAAGCAGAAAGUGUUGAACCAGAACAUGCCCUACAACACCAUGCAGCCUCAUGGACAGGAGCAAGGUGUGGUGGGGAUGGCACGACCACCUGGCGCCAUACCACCUCCUCACCCCGCCAGCGGUGUUGCCUCUGGGGUGGGCCCCAACCAGGGAUCAGGUCCGCCUCCGGUCUACCGGCAGGACGUGAUGAAGCAGAUGAUGGUGAUGGAGCAGGAGAAGAGGGCGCAGUUGCACAUGAUGGAGCAGCAGAAGCAGCAGCUCUUCAGAGAGCAGAGACAACAGCAGCAGCAGCAGCAACUCUUGGCUGAACAGCUCCAGCAGCAGCAACAUCUCCCCAGACAAAUCGGCCAGGGCCAGAGGAAUCCAUAUCCCCAAGUCAAUCAGUACCAAGGUACCCCUCAGGCUCUCCAGAACAUUCGGGCUACCCGCCUCCUGCAGCAGCCGCAAACUCAGCAGCAGAUGGUCCAGAUGAGUUCUGUUCAGGCCCAGGGUGGUUCUGUGGGACCCCAAACUGACAUGGGAAUACCCUACAGUAACCAGGGAUCCAACCAGGGUUCCCUGUAUGGGCUCAACCCCUCCAUGAGCCAAAUGAUCCACCAGCAGCAGCACCAGAGCCAAAGCGUCCAAGCCCCCAUGGGUCUUCCUCCACAGCACAACCCCACCGGGGGGCCACCCCGGCAGGCAGGUGCGGGUCCUGGAGUCGGAGGUAUGCCGGGAGGACCCGGAGGUGGUGGAGCUGGAGGUUAUGGAGGGCAAGGGAUGCUAAUGAACUCCAUGCCCCAACAACCUCUUAAAGGACCUCCUAAUGCCAAAGCUCAAACACAGAGACUGCAGAGCAUGCUGGGAGGAGGCGGUGGGGGAAUGGCAGCGGGCGGCUGGCCGCAGCAGCAAGGACAGAGUCUGCAGGCCAUGGGGGGUGGAGUUGGAAGGACUACAGGAGGAGGGGGAGGAGAUAUGGUGGGGUUCAGCUCUGCCCAGGGUUAUGGGAUGCAGCCGGGUCAACCCCCACGCAUGGCUAAGCAACACUUUCAGGGCCCGGGACAAGGGAUGAGCCAGGGGAUGGACCCUAGGUUGGGCAACCCAGCUGCGGGUAUGGCUGGCCCAAUGAUGGGCCCUCACAUGGGUGGUCAACCAAGGACCAACCAACCCCGCCCUAUGGUUAUGAACCAGGGAAUGAACCAGGGGGUGAUGGGCCAGGGAAUAACUGGGAUGGGGGGUUUCGUGCCAGGACCUGGGGGGCCAGGAUUAGGGGCAAGUGGAGGUGGAGGAGGUGGAUCUUACGGACCAGGGGCAGUCGGGGUUGGAGGUCAGCCGCAGGGCUACCAGAGGACAGCCAAUCAGGACAUGUCAUCCUAUGGAUACGGGGGCGGGCCCUCAGGCGGAGGAGCCUUUGGAUUGGGCGACGGCUCGGGGGCAGAGCUGGACUCAAGUGACGGUUGGAUGGAGGAGUUUUUCUCGAGCUAAUAGCCAGCGGGGAAAGUUUUUACUGGAUGAACUAAAAACGUUUAAAGUUGGACAAAUUUUAAAACCUGAGAAAGUAAAACAAAAAGACGACAUGACGUGGACUGGCAUGUUUUUGUUUUGUAAAACAUGAGCAAGGUUAUAAAUGAGUUCCUGUGUUACGUUUUGUGCGUAUGUAUGUGUGUGUGAUGGAGAGAGCUAUCAUUUUGUCUUGUGCAUAUUAAUGAAAAACCAAUAUAGAGAUUAAGAGGUGUGUUUCCUAAUUUUCCCUUUUUUCUCUAUGGAAUGAAUUUUUCUUCAGUGUUUGAAAGCGAGGCGCUUUGAGCCCGAGCUUCAGCAGGGCUGACUGAAAACUGUAGACUGAUGAAGGGGAAGCAAGACUUGUUCUCAAGACAGCAAUUUAUUUGUGUUUGUGUGUUUGUGCCACCCUGAUCAGUGCUUCAGAUCUCUCAACUACGUGAGGAGCUGAAGGGAGUAGAAAGCACUCUCAACGCUCCCAUUUCUCCUCUUAGAUUUGAGCCCCCCCUCAUACAGACACACAAACACACACACUCACAAAUCUGAUUCCCUCACGCUCCUUCACUCUGUUCCUUUCACUUGAUUUCCCUCUCAUCCUCCAUUCCUCUCUCCUCCCGUCUUUCCCACCCUCUCUCCAGAGACUCGUUCCUCGCUCUCAACGCUCCUUUCUCUGUUUAAACUCUGCACAUCACAACAGAACAAAUGAUGCUCCUCUAUUGUGCCACGCAAGCUCGCUCUGCCCUCUAGUGCUUUUGCUAGGCAACCGACCUGAGUGGCAUUUUUAUUUUAUUUUUUUAAAGGGGGGUUGUGGUUCAUUUCCUGUGUUGUGUCGCUGUGGUUGCACAUGUAGACAAAGACGAAGGCAGUAAAAAGCAGCGAAAAGGAGGAGAGAAUAGGCAGCUAAAGCAAGCACACGUAGACAACAACAAACAGACAAACAAGCGUCAGCCCGGGAGGAUGUGCAGAUGUGUGAGAGGCAGCAAACAGAACUAAUAUUAGGCUACACAUUAAACCUUCUGUCUGCGUGACACAAACCACAUCGCAUGCAUCAGGCAGACAGAAACGAUCGCUGGGCACUGAAUGUAUUCAAGCACCACAAGUGACUUCUUCGUCUUAAAGAGACGAGAAAAAAAGCUCAUUGAUAAGCCCGCCCGCAGUGUUUUGUUAGUCGCUGUGUUUUUCUCUUACAGUGAUGCUGGUAGUUUGUCAAUUACACACGGAAAAGAAAGUUUAAAUUAUUUUUUGCUGAGUUUUGUUUCUUAGUUCAUCAUCUUUUGAGAAUCUGUUUGUCCUCCAGUCGCAGCACAGCUUUCCUUUUCCACUGUGGCUCAGCUUGUCGUCAGUCACCGUAGCCCUGCUUUACAUCGUGGCUUCUCUCAGCUGUAAAACGCCCUCGUUUCAAACUAUAACUGUGCUAUACUGUAACACUACUGUGAAGAAAUACAAGUCGGGCCCUUCUGGCGCUUUACAAGGAAAAUGAACCACUGCUAAGCCUUGAGUUUGUUUUAAGGAGAGAGAGAAGCUUCAGAUAGCCUUUAAGGGACAGCUCACCCCAAAGAUAAAAUUCUCAUACUUUUCAUCAGGUGUGUAGUUUUAUUUGUCCUUCCUCCGGUCAGCUGCAGAGAUUUCAACCUUCAUUUAAGUGUAAUGGAAAUAAAUUGCAUUGCAGAAAUCAUGAUCUGGUUACACAGAAAACAUCCACAAACCAUGUGCUUUACCAAACUACAGCCACCAACAACAUCAGUGUGCAGAAGUAAGAGGCAAACAUGCGUCAGCCCAUCACUACUUGUACACAUAGUAGUGAUGGAGUUGAGUUGGAACUUCUAUCAGCUGUAAUUCAGUAUAAAGAAAGAAAAUCUGUUGGUUUUGAAGUCCUAAUGUUGGCUUGUGGCCACUACUCUGAAGGGUUUUCGGACCCAAAUAUGACCCUAUUUGUAUGAGACAGUGGACUGCUAAGCUAUGAGCUCACACUUGCAUGCUUGGUUAGGAAACCGCAUCAUUAAACUGUACAGGUGCACUGCACAGCCACAGGUACCGGCUAGUUAGUGACAACUAACAGAUUUAACACAUGAGCAUUUUACUCAUCAAAACUGAAGCAUGGGUUGCUCCAAAAGACACCGAAUGGUGAGAGGUGCAGUUCAGUAACCCCAGUUGUUUUGCAUCAGACUGUAAACAUGUUUAAUUCUGCUGUAAAGCUGGGCAUUUUAACAUGGGAGUCUAUGGGGACUGAAUCAUAUUUGAAGGCAGCCUCAAGUGGCCACUAGAGGAACUGCAACUUUAAUUAUUAUUAUUUUUAUUAUUAUUUAUUUUACCCACGGUUUAUGUGAUGUUUGAGGUAACCGUUUCAUGAUUCCUAGAAUAAAAAUGUUUGCAAAAAGUGCUGUUUCAUAGAGAUGAAUAAAGAAAACUGGAGGCUGAAGGAAAAACAUAAAAUGAAGGCUGGGGUGAUCAGUCCCUUUAAAGUGUGACAACAGUUAGUAUCGAGAUGAUCAGUGCUUCCACUGAAGUUAGUGUCUCCCUUCCCCGUCAACUUCCUCUGCCCUGAUGUUUGCAUAAUGAAUAUGUGUCAAAAAGGUUUUAUUACUGUACUUGUUGGUAACAUCUUACAUCGCUAACGCUUUAAAAGAUGAAUGAAAGCGUGUCUGCAUUACUUUGUAUUUAGCUCAUCAGAGUGAAAGUUUGGAGGACGAUGCUGUAAUCAACAAAACCAAAAAAGCCUUCUUCUCUGUAAACUAACUCCUUGUCAUCAUCUGUUCUCAUGGUUGUUGGUGUUGUAUAAUCCAACCCUUUAAAUACGAACUUUAACCACCACGCCCGUCGUCCUGUAAGCGCCGCUGCGUUUGGCAGCACCCGCGAAUGAAUUUCUGUACUUUUUUUUGGUUUCUGUCACCUUCGGGAAGUCCUCCAUCUCACUGUGUGGAGACUGAAUGUCAAGGAUGGGCGGAUAUGUAGGGGUUUUAUAGCAUUCCCGAGUUUUACCAGGGGGAGCACGGUCACAAAUUUAAAACCCUCUCAGUCGUUGAGCCUGCCUCGUGUAGGAAAAGCAGCGGAGCGCCCAAACCUGCGGGGGCUCCGAUGCUCAUGCUUCCAAAAGUUUGAUGCCAGUCCAGGCAGGCUCAUAAAUCACAUGUUAGAGGCAGUUUGUGGGAAAACACCUGAGGUUUACGAGUCCAACGCAGAGGCAGGAAGGUAUAGAAACAUGUGUGGGUCAGUGUUAAGGUCACAGCCAAAGUCAGGCAGCGUGACCUGGUUUGAAAUCCCUUCAGGAAGAGAAAGGAAGCUUCCUCCAAAUAUCAUUAUGUACCGGGACCAAGUCUGUAGACAACAUUUUAACGAAAACUGUUGUUAUUGAUGUUCUUUGUUUUAUUUUAUUUUUUUUACUGGUGCUGACAUAUAUGUGAUUAUGAGAAAAAAAAAGUAUAUAAAAGAUAAUGGCUAUUUGUAAAUAUGUUUUUACAGGUUUAAAUACAUCAGAUAAUACAGUCUCUACUCUGUAAAGAAUUUACUGUUUGUUGGAAAAUAGAGAAGUAUUUUUAUUUUGAAGUUUUUUGGUUUCACUUUUAACCCAUCUGAGCUAUGCCAUUGCACUUCAGACAAUGUCUUACUACUAAUUUGUAUUGUAAACCUCCUCUCUUUUUUGGAAUUUUUUUCAGUUGUUUUUUCUAGUUUGAGAGUUGACUCGGUUCUUAAGCAGUGCUUAUUUCUUUUUAUCCUGUACAGAAUUCUGAAAAUGUUAACAAAAGAUAAUUACAAGAGACUUUUUUUGUUUGUUUUUUCAAAAAGAUAAAAUAAAGAGAGACUAUUCUCGCUGAUCAUAUUA